AUGCUGCAGCGGUGGGUGCUGCGGAACGGGAAGCGUGUGUUCCACGUGAAGUGCUGGCCAGAUGGAAAGAAGCACUUCUACUGCGUUUUUAAAAGACAUUUCGGUGACAGUUCGAUGGGUGGAGAAGCGAACAAUGUAAAUAUCCCACGAAAUGGAGAAAGCGAUUUGUUCAAAGUGAGCAAAAGGUGGAAUGCCUUUUUCAAGUGUGAAAAGGAUUUAUACGACGUGAUAAAUAAAUAUAUAAAGACAAAUAAAAUGGACUACCAUUUGCACGCCUACUUAGGGGGCACUACCCAUGAGGAGGGACAGGGGGGGGAAAAUGUUCAGGGCAGGCCACCUCAAAUGGAAGAACAAUUGAGGAACAUUUUAACCUACAUUAUGUCCCUUUUUUACAAACAAAUUCAAGACUUCAACAUUGUGUCUGUCCUAAGUGAGCGUAUUAUACAUUUACUAAAUGGAGGUAUUUCCCAAAGUGGUGCUAAUGGGGAGGGCAACCCCACGGAGGAGGACAGCUUCCACCUUGACAAGGCUACCAUUUUAAGCACACUUGAGGUGUACAAUUAUGUGAAUGCCAUGAACGAUGAAUUAUUCGAUCGGCUGUUUUCUCUACUGAACAAAUAUUACGUGGAGGCAGCACGACCGGGAAGUCCCCUCAUAAUCAGCGAAGACGAAAUUGUGCUCACGCUGAAAAGUCUGUAUAUCCAAAAGUUUAAAAAUCAUACCAUUGUGGAUACAAUAAUAAGGUCACUUAGGGACGCCCCUCAUUUGAGUCCACACCUUUCGGUGCAGUCGUUCCUUUACCUGACGUUGCUAUCCAGGAUGGAUAACGAUUCCCUUUGCAGGGUAAACUCUGCAUUAUUUUAUGGCUGCCAGAUCGGGCAACUAAGCCGGGAAUACUCCAGUGCAUCCACCGAAGAGAAGACAACCAACCCAAACGGGAAGGAACAAUCCACCACAACUGAUGCAGCCACCUUGGAAAGUCAAAUUGAGCAAAUAAAAUUUAGAGUCCCCCUAUCAGCAACAGAUUGUAUAAAGCUGCUGUAUGGCUACUUCCUCCUGGGGGAAAACCACAUUAACUGGUUCGUCAUCCAUAAACUCCUGCUCCGAUUGCACGAGGAAUUGAAAGAUGAGGAGAAAACCCUUCUCCUACAGAAGGAGAACAAAAAGGUACUCCAAAUGGUAACCAUCGUGAGGACCUAUUUAAGGUACAAAAAAAGAAGCCUCUACGAUAAUUUGCCCAAAGGUCUCAAAAGGGUAUUAAAGAAUUUGCAAAGUCUGCAUGCAGAUGAAGAAAACUCAAAAAGGAAGGACAGGAAAUUUGUCCAAAAAGUGUCUUGGCAUUUAAUAAAGCUUCGCAUUGCGCAUGUCAAGAAUGCAUAUAAAGGUGGGAUCCCAUUAGACAUUUUGGAGAAGACUAAAAAACUGGUGUGGAUGUGCUUCUCAUACCACCAGUACUACGUUAGGACGAUUGACUUAACGGCAGAAACCUUGUUUCAGAUGGAUUUACUAAAAGCCAUGAAUUAUAAGAUUGCCAAAGUGCACUAUUAUCAGUUUUCGCGCAUGAAGGCAAGGCGAACUCGAUUCGAGUACAUACGGAUGUGCCGGUACUACACGCUGCGCGACCGACGCAACUACGAUGAUGAAUUCGAGGGGUGGAAUUUGCCCUACAUCAACUGGUACCACAGGAAGAACAAAAACGUCCACGUGUCCAACUAUUUUUACGGCUACACCCCCGUUUCGCACAUGCAAUAUUAG